AUGUCCGACAUGGAAGAAACUGUUGUUCGAAUUGGAACUCGAAAAAGCCAGUUGGCAAUGAUUCAAACUCACAGUGUUGUUGAUGCCUUGCGUGAAAUACAUCCAAAAGCUCGAAUUGAAAUAGUCACCAUGGAUACAAUUGGUGAUAGAGUUCUGGACAAGGCAUUGCCUGAGAUUGGCCAAACAAAUCUUUUCACCAAAGAUUUGGAGGUUGCAUUGACUGACAAUAAGAUUGACCUGAUUAUUCAUUCAUUAAAAGAUGUACCUUCUACCUUACCAGAAGGCUUGGCCAUCGCGGCUAUUGGAAACGUAAUUGGAACAAGUUCGCUAAGACGAAUAGCCCAAUUGAAAAGGCGCUUCCCUCAUCUAAAAUUCGAGAAUGUUCGUGGAAAUUUAAAUACAAGGCUUAAAAAGUUAGAUGAAAGCGGAAUAUAUGAUGCUUUGGUCCUUGCUGGAGCCGGCGUAGAAUUAACUCCGGAUGAAUGUCUAUAUGCUAUUGGACAGGGUGCACUUGGCAUUGAGAUACGAAAGAAUGAUAAAAAGACAUUUUCACUCAUUUCUGCCUAUACUGAUUUCGAUAGCCUUGUCUGUAAUGCUGCUGAAAGAGCCUUUCUUCGUUUUUUGGAUAAAGGCUGUAGUGUACCAAUCGGAGUUUAUACGGAAUUUACUGAAAAUAAGCUAAAGAUAACUGGAGCGGUCUUUAGUCUUGAUGGCAGCAAACGUGUCCAAUAUUCUGAUGAGUGUACUAUUUCCGGAUUAAAUGCUAAAGAUGAUUGCGAAAGCAAUUACGAAAGUUUAUCAUCAAUUCUCUGUCCCUCCGAGAUGUGCAAUUCUUUAAUCGAAGCAGAAAGAUUAGGUAAAUACGUAGCUGAAAUGAUCUUAAAAAAUCACGGUGGUGAAGUUUUAGCAGAAGCUAGACAAAUCAUGAAAGCUCAUCAAAAAUAA